GCGGGGCGCGACCCGCUAAAUCUGAGCUUGCAUAAAUUGGCGCUGCGCGACCGGUUCUGUGCGAUUCAAGUAGGAUCCUGCCACGCGAGCGAGACUUCACCAUGACGCCCAUCCGUGCCCUCUUCUUCCUAGCGGCCAUCACCGCCGCCUGCGCCGCAAGGAUCCCCGCCCAGGGUGACGACACCCAGUCCCUGAAGACCCAGAUCGCCCUGCUGUCCCACCAACGCCUGACCGGCAACCCCGUCGAGAACGCCAUCGAGAAGUUCAAGGAGCUCGUGCGCAAGAUCAAGGAGCGCGUCCACCAGCUCGAGAAUGUGAUUGUCGACGCCCUGCAGGCCAGCUCGGUCGCCGUCGCCAAGAAGAUCGACGAUUUGGUCUUCAAGAGGUUCGGCAUUCAGUUGAACCUCGAGGGCAGGCUGGAGGACCUGGAGAAGAAGAGCGCGGUGUGCAACGCAGCCUUCAAGACCGACCUGAAGCAAGUCCUCGAUGAGAUCAAGGCCGACACCGAGACCUGCGCCGCCAAACAGAUCGCCGAGGCCAAGGACAUCCGCGCCCAGGUCGGCGCCCUCCUCCAGAUCCUCGAGACCGUCCCCGUCGAGACCAUCAAUGACAUCAAGGCCUGCGACGCCGCCCCCACCGACGCCCCCGCCACCGACGCCCCCGCCACCGACGCCCCCGCCACCGACGCCCCCGCCACUGACGCCCCCGCCCCCGCCACCGACGCCCCCGCCAUCCCCGACAACGGCGUCGCCGUGCGAGGCAGCCACUCUCUCGGUUCCUGGUCCGACGCCUGGAGGAAGGCCAAGUGCGUGACCAAGGUGCUCGCCAAGGGCGCCAAUGAGCUCGCCGACGUCCCCGACCUGGUGGCCAAGCUCGUGUCCGACGCCGCGGACCUGUACAACAAGGAGAGCCGCGACAAGCUGCAGGCGUGCGCCGCCCAGAGCCUCAACGGCAAGGGCGACCGCGUGCAGCUGGCCGCCGCCCAGCUCGCGUACUGCAUCAUUGCGCCCAGCCAGAAGCAGUGAUAGCAACGCAGCGAUAACAAAGUGCCACCUUCAAUCUCACUCGAGGAUGGCAGCUGUUUCAGCCAAUAAUCUCUGUGACACCACCAGCAGCCACUACGCGUGACCAAGUCGCUCCGCCUCCACUGAAAAAAAAAAGUCCACGAAGCAUCUCUUCGUACUGCGAAGAAAACGAAGUCAUUGUAAAGUCUGCCAAGCAAUUCUACAAUAUCUUCAUUUUCUUCGUAACGACGCAUCUGCUUCGCAGGCUUUUUUUAAAGUGUGGGUCGAAAUAGCUUGCCGCCGAUUCAAAGGGUAGUCCAAAAUAAAACAGAUUCUGAAUAUA